AUGGUAGCUGCAUUAUAUGGCGAUGAUGCCCAACAAAUGCUUGAAGCAACUAUUCGUUUUCGAAAAUUACUUUCAAAAGAACCAAAUCCACCCAUUGAUGAAGUUAUUCGAGCUGGCAUAGUACCUCGUUUUGUUGAAUUAUUAAAAUUUGAACAUUUUCAAAUUCAAUUUGAAGCAGCAUGGGCUUUAACAAAUAUUGCAUCUGGUAAUUCGAGUCAAACAAAAUAUGUUAUUGAUGCUGGUGCAGUACCAGUCUUCGUUCACUUAUUAACUAGUAUAAAUGAAGAUGUUCAAGAACAAGCUGUUUGGGCUCUUGGUAAUAUUGCUGGAGAUAGUCCUGAAUGUCGUGAUUAUGUUCUUAGUACAGGUGUACUUCCACCAUUACUAACUAUUUUUGCUCGUCAUACUCGUUUAACAAUGAUACGUAAUGCAGUAUGGUGCUUAUCAAAUUUAUGUCGUGGUAAAAAUCCAACUGUUGAUUUUAAUACAGUUGCUCCAGCAUUACCUGUACUCAAUCAACUUUUACAUAAUUAUGAUGCUGAUGUAUUAGCUGAUACUUGUUGGGCUAUUUCAUAUUUAUCUGAUGGACCUAAUGAAAAAAUUCAGGCUGUUAUUCAUAUUGUUGAUGUUCGACGACUUGUUGAACUUUUAGCACAUCCUAUUUUGAAUGUUCAAUCAUCGGCUUUACGUGCUGUAGGUAACAUUGUAACUGGUGAUGAUCAUCAAACACAGGCUGUUCUUGAUGCUGGUGUUCUUCCACAUCUUUUAACAUUACUUCAAAGUCAAAAGGAAUCAAUCAAAAAAGAAGCAUGUUGGACAUUAUCUAAUAUAACAGCUGGUGUUCAAAAUCAAAUUCAAGCUGUUAUUGAUGCGAAUAUAUUUCCAUCAUUAAUCAAUAUUCUUAAACAUGGUGAUCAAAAAACACGAAAAGAAGCAGCUUGGGCUGUUACAAAUGCAACAUCAGGUGGUACAUCACAACAAAUCAAAUAUAUUAUUGAACAAGGAGCUAUUUCACCAUUAUGUGAAUUAUUAAGUGUUAUUGAUGCUAAAAUAAUUCAAGUAGCUUUAAAUGGUCUUGAUAAUAUUCUUAAAGUUGGUGUACUUGAAAGUAAACAAACAAAUGGACAAAAUCCCUAUGCUAUAAUGAUCGAAGAAUGUUAUGGUUUGGAUAAAAUUGAAUAUUUACAAAGUCAUGAAAAUAUUGAAAUCUAUCAAAAAGCAUUUCAUCUUAUUGAAGCAUAUUUUGGUGCUGAUGACGAAGAACAUAUUCCUGCGCAAGGAGAAUCUCGUCCAUUUGAAUUUGGCACUACAACAAAUAAUCUAACAUCAUCUACCAAUGAACAAUUAAAUCCUACAAAUCAACCAGGUCCAUUUCAAUUUUGA